AGCAAAGAAAUAAGUCUGACAUGAAUAUUCUCUCAACAUCAGAGAGACAGCCGUUGUAAGAAAUAACUGCUCAGAAAAGGACCGUUUUAAGAAGAUUAAAUACCGACAGCAUGGGGACUGUGAAGUGGAUUGUGGUCUUUGCUUUGUUGAGUAUUGCCUGUCAGAGUGCUGCUCAAUCAGGUAUCAGUGUGUCCGUGUUCUCUGUUACAUCCAAGAGCAUGGCAGUCCAGUGGACCAGAUACCCUUCAGCCACGUCCUACAAGAUUACAGUCACACCAAUAAACUCACCAUCUCACCCUGCCUUUGCCCAGUUCGGCCCCAAUUCUGUGAUGGGCUCUGUAAACUCUCUAUCCCCCAACACGUUGUACACCGUUAAGGUGGAGGCGAUGGAUGACUCUCUGAAUGUGCUAAGCCAAGCGGCUGUUGAUAAGAUCACGGCUCCGGAGGUACCCAGCAUCGUCAUGGCAACUUCAAAGCAGAGCGACAGGAUAUCAGUGGAGUUCACGUCGGCGCCCGGCGCCACAUCUUACGUACUGCGCGCCGAGACCGCGGAUGGCUCCUUCUUCUCCGAGACCGACGUGUCUUCGUCCCCCGGCACGGUGACCAACCUCAAGCCCUACACCGACUACAUUCUCAGCGUCCUGUCCGUCAACAGCGGAGGUCGGAGUCAACCGUCCCUCCCCGCGGAAGCGAAGACAGUGGUUGCUGCUCCUCACCUGAUCACCAGCUCUCCCAGUAACUCCAGCAUCGUCGUGGUAUGGCAGCCAGUGGCCAACGCCGUCCGCUACACUCUCUGUAUCGUCAUGGAGGGUUCCAACGCCACGGUGGACGUCAACCUCACGAGUCCCAACAUCACCUUCUCGGACCUGGAGGCUGGGAGCGUUUACGCCAUCAAGGCCAACGCCUGGGACGCCAUGAACAGGCAGGGAGAUGAUGCCCGUGUCUCCCAGAUCACACGGCCUCCCACUCCUAGCAUCGUUCAGAUGGCCGUGUCGAGGAACGAAUCUUCAGCGGGUCUAUCCGUGUCCUGGCAUGUCGUCGAGGGGGCGUCCCACUACCUGGUCCUCAGCUCGGAGGGGGUCAACUGUACCUCCGCCGCGGGCACCUGCACCCUCGCCCCCCUGGCGUGUGGUCAGGAACACACCGUCACCGUCACCGCCAGGAACCUGGCUGGUCCCAGCCCUCCCUCUGCGGCUCAGGAGUUCACCACCUUCCCCUGUCCACCAGAGCCUGUGUGGGUGGAGGAGAUGCAGGCCGGGAACUGCUCCGUCAGGUGGAGCCCCAUGCCCUACGCUGACAAGUACGUGGCCUUCAUCAAGAGAGACGACGGGCUCGAGGAGCGGUGCAACUCCACCAACACCACCUGCGACUUCCACUGCCAGUGUGGCUACACCUUCCUGAUGACGGUGUUCGCUUACAACCAGGCGGGAGGCAGUCCACCAGGCCCCGUACUCAACUACACCACCCUGCCCUGCUGUCCGGAGGACGUGCGCAUCUCUCUGGUUUCCACGGACACCCUCGAGAUCGAGUGGUCGGCGGCGCGCGGCGCCGAGGUGUACGAGACGCGGGCGGUCGAGGGCUCGAACGUCAUCCUGUGCAACGACACGUCGCCCGUGUGCGCGCUCUCUGACCUCACCUGCGACAGGCCCUACAGCGUGAUGGUCAUCCCCUGCAGCGAGUUGCGAGGUUGCAACUGGGCCUGCGGUACCCACACUAAGGAGACAGCCCCCUGUAUGUCAGACAUCCUGGGCAUCUCACAGGUCACCAACACCAGCGUCUCUGUCAACUUCACCACACCCAACCGUGCAGCCAACUACACGGUGACUGCAGCAGGGACCCCCGACACCCACACCUGCCAAUCCAGCGGCCCGCCCUGUGUCAUAACCCACCUGCCGUGUGGCUCCACCUACGACGUCAGCGUCCUAGCAACCACCGCCGUGGGACAAAGCAUCCCUAGCUACGUCGUUACCCUAGAAACAGCGCCGUGUUGCCCAGAGACCCUCAACGUGGACCAGGUGACACAGGCCAUGACAAAUGUCACCUGGUCACCCGCCAGGGGAGCCCAGUCCUUUGUUACCGCUCUGACGUCAUCGAGGGGCCACGCCCGCUGCCACACCCAAGACUCGCACUGCCUGAUGGGAUGCAUCACCUGUGGCACUAACUACACCGUCAGCAUGGAGGCCUUCAGCCGCACCGGGCACAAGUCCGAGUGCACCUAUCGCGGCUUUUCAUCCAGUGCCUGCUGUCCUUCGGGUGUGAAGCUGUACCAGAUGACCAACAACACACUGCGAGUGUACUGGCGUUCUGCGGGCGGCCUCCACAACACCACAGCGGACGUGUACGGCAGUCAGACCAACUACACCUGCAGUCCGGCUGCCGGGGGCAACUCGUGUGACGUAGCCGGCAUCUUGUGUGGAGACGUUUACACUGUGGUGGUGGCUCCUCUCACAGCAGAUGGGAACACAGUCAAGUUCUGUCCCCAGAGGAUGUACUCAGUUUCCUGUUCAGGAGGCAAUGUUGGAAUGGUCAUGUAUCGCGGAAAGAGAAGUGUGGACUAGUGCACAUUUCCAAUCCUGUACUUUAGGUAGCAGAAGAUAGAAGCUGAACACAUCCUCCUCAUCUCUAUCCCAUGUCCCUACCCUACAUCUCUGGAAGAAAGAAGAUAUGUCAACACAUACGGGGGUUGGAGCAACUACAGUCCAACCGUUGUUUGACACUAAAACUAGAAAUAGUGUUCAUGUUUGAUCGGGCUAAAUAUUGAAAAAAAAUCUUAAGCUACUAUGGUAUUUUUUGGACCAUUGUUAUUAUUUAUAGAACAAUUUAAACAGGCGAUUUUCAAAUACUUUAACGUGCUGUUUUAGAUUUGGUGUUCCAGUCCUCAGUGCAUGUUUGUUGCCAAAGAAUAUCACUAUGUGUGCCCCCAGCUAAAUGUAUUUAUUGGUAAUAUAAUUUGUAUAAAUGCCCUAGCUCCAAUCUCUGGCAUUUAGAAUGAAAGGUGAUCUUACCUUGGAAUCUUAUAAGCACAAUUAUUCUGCCAACAAUGUUUGUGUUAUCUUGAACACAUUAUUUUUAAGGGGCUGUAUUGUAAAUUGUCAACUUCAGCCUAAUCUCAGGGCCCCCAAGAUAUAACAAUGCAUAGAUACACGAUUUUGGUCCAUUAUUAUGUCAACUGUCAACAUACGCCCAUUGCUGUUAUUUGUGUUCCAUCUAGCAGUUGGCAAACUAUAAAGAAAGCAAAAAAACAUAAACAAAUAAAUUGGAUGAUUAAAGAAAGGUACUAUAAGGAUUGUCUGUGUCUAAUACAAGACAAGUAGACUGUGUGCACCAACUUUUAACUUUAAUUUGAUGUCAUGAAAAUGCUGCUGUUGCGAUGUUAGCCCCCUAAGCUUUCCAGAAGAAAAUAUGCAGUUCCUGAAACAUUUGGCCCACUGUUCCUUAUGAAUUGGAUAUUUUUCAACCAAGAAUAUGUAAAGACUAUCUCCCUACGUAAAAGACCUUCUGGGGAUAUAUGGUGGACAUGAACUGCUUGUCAAUCAAAAGCAGCUGUAACUUAUGGCUGAGAAAGUUCUGUCCCCGGUUACCCCAGGAAGAAUCUCAAAAUUAGCUUGGAAUAUGUAUGUAUUUGUCUGUGUCAAAUGUUUGCAUAUUUCCUUCAUUAAAAAAAAUCAUUGCAUCAAAUAUGUGUUUUGUUCAUUUCAUUAUUUCUAAGAGAAGCACAUCAUAAGUAGCUAUAACGGGGUACAUUUACAAAGCUGAGGAACUGGAAGAGUCACAAUAAGGCUCAAUAUUUCAUAGAUUUAGGUCUGUUUAAACAACCCAUUCAACUCAAUAUUCAUUAUAACAAUAAACCAGCAUUCUAAUGUUCUUAACCCUUGUGUAACUUGUGUAAGGUUACACAAGGGUUCAACACGGAUCAAAUGCCUGUGUUUCACAAGACAACAUGGAGGAUGCAUGCAGCACAGCGUAUCAAACAGGUUGAACCACACUGGGCAAGAGAACAGCCUGUUCCGUCUCUUGAAUUCUUCCAUCCAUCAAUGUCUUCUAAGUUUCACUUGGCUUGGUUCCCCGAUGCCGACAAUGGACAUGGUUUUGGUUGUUCAUCCCCAAUGCACAACGCAAGGUAUAGGCUAUCAAUGAUGAUACCAAGGUGGAGGUCCAUGGGGAAAAGAGCUAUUCAUGAGGCUUGUGUACUCAGCCAUCUCAUCCUCUCCCCACCCAGAUCCACAGAGGCACUCAAACCUUAUGUAAUGGGCCCUCCCAAAAACAUCCAGAUAAUGUUAGAUAUGUGUACAGUACCUAAUGUGUGUAGUCAAAUCAUAUAAAAAUGUUUUUGAAUAUCCCUUUUUACAAGCUAUGUCACACAGGGGCUUCACAUACGCCCAUAGAGCUGCCCCUCAACCAACCUUAAUUCUCAAGGAAGACGAGGAAAAACUCCCAGAAAAACUCAAUAGAGGAAAGAAAUUGAGGAAACCUUUGGAGGAGCAAUUCAGUGAAAGAUUCCCUCCUCCAGAGACGGUUGUAGUCAUAGUAAACCUUAUCAAUCAAAUUGACAUCAAUAAUGUCAAUUAAUAUAGGUUAUCAAAGGUAAAGAAUUAAUACUCUUUGUGAAUAGGAUUCGACCUUACAUGUUUGGAUUAUUUAUAAUUACGUGAUCAUACAGUUCCCAUAUUUUGAUUGAUUGAUGGGUAAUUUUUUUUUUUUUUUUUACAAUUAUUUAAAACUUGAAUUAUGAUAUCUCACUGCUAUGACAAACACUUUCAAGACAUCUAAUUAUGCAAAGUGACAUUUUGGUUGUUCAUUACUUCAUUAUUAAUGGAAUCAAAUGAUUGUGACAUCAUAGGCAUUCACUUCUGACCCCUAAACGGUGACCCAUAAGAUGGCGAUGAACUGUCUUUGCCAGGAUAGAAAACCGCCACAUAAACCAAAAAUACAAUGAGAAAUCAAGGCGUUAACAUCACUUGUCCUUAGUGACUAUGUUUCAAUAUUAGCCUUUGUUUAAGGAGCAGCUUGAAUUUCCUGGCUGGGUUAGUGGGAAGUCUCCAUUUUCAUGUUGACUUCCUUGUUUUUAUGUACAAUCAGGAACCAAGAAGAGAUAUCCUAUUAUUCUCAAGUGAUAAAAGAUUCCUUUCAUCACAACACAAACCCUUCAUAAAGCUCAUUUCUCCCCCCCAAAAAACCCAAACAAUCAUUUUCAGGAAUACCAACCUUGCCCAUCACAGGUAUCAAGGCAAAGGCCCAAAUUUGUGUUACGCUGGUUUGACAUACCUAGUAAAUGUACCUGUUUGCUACAAGCCCUAAUU